AUGACAGAGUAUUGGCUUGAGAAUAAGAACGAGUUCCAAGAAGUAGUCUUGUGUUUCCUCCGUGACAAUAACAGGAACAACGUCGUUGACAGAGACAUGAACAUCAUCGUUGAGCAGCCACAACAAGAGAACAGAGACGAGAACAUCAUCGUUGAGCACCCACAACAAGAGAACAGAGACGGAAAUAACAAUAUGGUCUCAAACGCUCACGUCUCCGGUGUUGAAGGAUCGGAAGUGGAUAUGGAGUUUGGACUACAAGAAGAUGAUGAUGACAGCGACAUGUUUGACAUCGAUGAACUCCCUGAUUUCACUCAUGAUCAACAGCAAGAUCAAGACAUGGUUUCUUCUCUCCAAGGUGAAGGAGGACUACACGAAGAUGAUGAUAAGGCCACUCAACAACAGCAAUACCCACAGAUUGCUCUUCCUCCCCAAUAUCAAGAUUCAGGGAGCAUAAACAACAAAAUUGUAGUCAUGGAAGACGAGUGUGUUAGCCAAGAUCACAUCUUUGAUCUUGUUGACCAACAAGCCGGCAUCACUCAACCACAACAACAAGAGAGGGUUUUGGAUCCUUAUUUUGAUGUCUUCAUAACAACUUGA